AUGCGACCAGAACUGCUCGUGCAUCUGGACGAGCUGAUCAAAGAGCUCGAAAAGGUGGACAGCUCUCUGCCAGAAGAGUCGGCGAAGAACUUCUACAACAGUAACUAUGGUGGUCAGCAGAACAUCAGCACGGGUGAUGCUCAUCACUCUGGUCAGGGGGACCUCCACAGCUAUGGCGGGGUGGGCACGAUCAACCAAUAUACUGUGCCAAGUCGACCAAAACCUACGAAAGUGACACCACUGGGACUAUGUUUCAACUCUGCGCCACUGAUCGAGUCGACCGACUUUGUGGGUCGUACUGCUGAGAUUCAUGAGAUUCAUGAGAUUCACACUAUUCUUCAGCCAGAUGAAGCAUGCAAAGAGCAGAGAAGAGUUGUCAUUGGAGGGAUCGGUGGCUUGGGAAACCCAGAUUGCCAUUGCAUAUGCACGGCAACACCAGCAGAGCUAUACGUCCGUCCUGUGGCUCAACGCCGCAUCAGAGUCAACGCUGUCCUCGCUAACGUGAUGAAAUGGCUCAAUCGGCCCGACAACCCACGGUGGCUACUGAUCUUUGACAACUAUGACGAGCCGGAGCUUUUCGCCAUUGACAAUUUCUGUCCUGGUGUUGGACAUGGAUCCAUCGUCAUUACUACUCGGCUUCCUGAUCUUGUGACUGGGAAGAUAGUGCGGGUUCAGCCAUUGCAAGCCACUACCGAUAGUCUCAGCAUUUUGGAAACUCGUUCGGGUCGGUUGAAGGUACAACGUGAUGCUGGGGCCAAACGCUUAGCAACACGGCUGGGUGGCUUCCCGUUGGCUUUAGUCACCGCAGGUGCUUUCCUUCGCAAAAGCACCAUGACUUUCGAGCAGUAUCUCGAUGCAUAUGAACGAAAGUGGAACAUCAAUCCUGACCGGCCAUUGCGACUCUAG